AUGGGCAUACGCGACGUUCUCAAGAAGAAGGAGAAACUCGACAACGGCGAGCACAGCAGCAGGGAUGCAGUAGACAGGCUGGCGGCCCCCGAGUUCAAAUUCAUUCGAUCAGACACACACACCCAAGAGGUCAUCCACCCCCCGAGCGGACCCCCGGGCUUCGACGACGGCAAGGAACACUACCUGAACCCGAACGGCAACGACGGCGGCAGCGGCCAGAAGCCCCGGCGCAGCCUCGACGUCUUCUUCGGCAACAGCCGCUCGCGCAGCGCGUCCGCCUCCUCGCAGGCGAGCUCGAACUCCAACUCCCACUCGAACAAUGGCAAGAUUGGGAGACGGCUAUCGGAGCGGCUGCACCUCAGCCGCUCGCCCGCCUCGUCAGAAAACGUCCCGCAGAACCUACCCGACAUUGUGACCACGGCCGAGGGUGGCGAGGGGGACGAGCUGCAGUGGGAGAAGCGCGCGACCAUGUUGGCUUCGGCGAAUAAGAGCAGGCCCGCGACGCCGUUGGCGAACGACGCGGGCGGUGGAGGGGAUAUGACGAGAGGCAGGACGCAGGGCGCGGCGGUCUCGUCUCCGGCCAUUGACGAGGAUAUUCAGGAGGCUAUCCGGCUGCACGAGGCGGGAGACUUCGAGAACUCGACGGCCAUGUUUGCCCGCUUGGCUGACCCGAAAGGGGCGAAUAACACCCUGAGCCAGUUUCUAUACGGUCUCUCUUUGAGGCACGGAUGGGGUUGCGAACCAGAUCCAGAAGGGGCCAUCAAGUACCUCUCGGCGGCGGCGUCGAAUGCGGCAACCGUCGAGCAGAUGGCGUUGAAGGCAGGGCUUAAAAAGGGUGGUGCUGCCAAGGGCGAGCUCGUUCUGGCCAUAUUCGAGUUGGCGAAUUCCUUUCGACACGGCUGGGGCACAGCCAAGGACCCAAUAGCGGCAAAGCAGUACUAUGAGACUGCGGCGAACCUUGGAGAUACUGAUGCUAUGAACGAGGUAGCCUGGUGCUAUGUAGAAGGCUUCGGAUGCAAAAAGGACAAGUUCGCAGCAGCCCGUUACUACCGGUUGGCUGAAAAGAACGGCAACAAAACACUAGGCAAUUCAUGGAUCUGGAAGGAAAAGUACGACCCAGAUGCCGGCGACAAGAAGAAGAAGUAG